AUGUUGGUUGUGGAUAAUGCUGAUAGAAGACAUUUUGAUUCCACUCAUCACUGUCUAUCUCUCCACCUAAUACAUGCAGAAACGUUAGCAAUCCCAAAUUUAAUGCGGUCAAAGAAAUCAUUCAUCAUGUUGAUCGUGUUGAUUCUUUCGUUUAUGUUAGUCAAUGAUGCUUCAGCAUUGAGCAGGUCUAAUUUUUUUGAAUUUGAUUCAGAGUAUACAAAUACGUUAACUACUAGUGCAACUGAAAAUAUCGGCGAUGACAAUAAUGUGUCGAUUCAUUCAUCAGAGGAUUUUAGAUUACCACGCACAUUGUUUCCACAUCUCUACGAUUUGUCAAUUCAAGUCCAUUUGCACGAUAACAAGUCACAAGCAUUUUUCUUCAAUGGAUCUGUGACAAUAAAAGUUUUCUGUAAUGUGUCGACAACCGAGUUUUUCGUACAUGCAGCCGAUAAUCUGAAUGUGAGCUUGGAUCAAAUCCAUAUGUCUCCUCUUCAUGAAAAAAAUCAAACAAGUUCUUAUAUUCAAAUAGACGAAGUUCAUUAUAUUGAAGAUGCUGAGUGUUAUCGAAUUAAACUCAAAACGCCUUUGCAACAAUAUACUUAUUACAACCUGACAUUUGGACAGUUUCGUUCUGAUAUGGACUAUGAUUCUGAUGGACUGUAUAUUAUCAAAUAUUUGGAAAAUGGGAUUUACAAAUACUUGGCAAGUACUUACAUGGAGUCAAUUUAUGCAAGGAAUGUAUUUCCAUGUUGGGAUGAGCCGGAAUUUAAAGCAAAUUUCAAGGUCAAUAUUGUACGCGACAAAAAUUUCCAUUCGCUUUCAAACAUGAAUUUGGAAAGUACGGAAGUGUUGUACGAUAAUUGGCGUGUCGACAGGUAUAACACCAGUGUGAAAAUGUCCACAUAUCUGUUGGCGUUUGUGGUUUCACAGUUUUCGAAUAUUCAGAGGACAGACAAUAGAGGACGAAACUUCACUGUUUGGGCAAGACCGGAUAAAAUUCGAUCAGCUGAAUAUGCACUUGAUAUUGGCAUAAAAUUAUUGGGAUACUUUGAAGAUUAUUUUGGCAUUCCCUAUUCACUUCCUAAAAUGGAUAUGAUUGCGAUUCCUAACUCUUCAAUAACGGCAAUGGAAAACUGGGGUUUGAUCACUUAUGAUGAAAAUAAAAUGAUAUGGGACGCAGAAAACGGUUCAGUAAAUACCCUACUUGAAGUGACUUUUUCUGUGUCACAUAAAAUUGCUCAUCAGUGGUUAGGAAACUUGGUGACAAUGAAAUGGUGGGAUAACUUGUGGUUGAACGAAGGCUUCGCAACAUUUUUCGAAUACAUCGGAGUACAGUUACUACAUCCUGAGUGGAAAGUAGAUGAACUAUUCAUACUGGAUGAAUUUAUGCUUGCACUUGAUGUUGAUACUUUGAUGUUAUCAAGACCAGUCAUUUAUCCAGCUAAUACUGCAAUACGAAUUAUAACCAUGUUUGAUUUAAUCACCUAUGAUAAGGGCGCCUCCUUGGUUUGGAUGAUGGAGAAAUUCAUGGGCCGUAGUGCGUUUCAAAACGGUUUAAAAAGAUACUUAAUUCAAAACCAAUAUAAGAACACAGAUGAAAAGGAUUUAUGGAAGGCAUUAUCUGAAGAAUGGAAUACUCAAGGAAAUCAUUUGGACAUUGGAUUUAUUAUGGAUUCAUGGAUUAAACAAAGGAAUUAUCCACUAGUGAUUGUAAAGAGAAAUGGGUCGAAUGUGUUCAGUUUUGAGCAGAUACGUUACUUUCAACACUAUGGUAACAAUUCAUCUCAAACAAAUCGUGAAUACUCCUGGAGAAUACCGAUCACUUAUGGGUCGGCACAAACGGUGAACUGGACAAAUGUCGAUAUUGUGUGGAUGGUGAACAAAAAAAUGAAUCAAACAAUGAACAUAAGCUCAGACGACUGGUACUUGGUGAAUGUGAAACAAGGAGGAUUUUAUCGGGUUCACUACGCUGACAAUAACUGGAUCUUAUUAAUCAACCAAUUGCAAAGGAAUUUCACGGCUAUUCCAGUCUUCUCACGCGCACAAAUAUUGAAUGACUUAUUCAGUCUUGCAAAUCAUCAUAUCGUGCCAUAUACUCAUUUCUUGAACGCAACAAAAUAUUUAAACUACGAGGAUGAGUUUAUUGUAUGGAUAACAGCCAGUCGAUCGCUGCUUUACAUUAAUAACGUGCUUGCUCUGAAUGAGAAUUAUGACGAUUUCCAAGCAUACUUACGAACUCUUAUCGAUAACCGAAUCCGAUCAGCGAAUUGGUCAUUUGUUGGUAAAGGUCAAGAUCUUCCAAAGAUACGUUUAGACUAUAAUGUGAUCAAACUCGCUUGUAUAGCUGAACAUCAUCUUUGUGUGAACAAAACUACGGAUCUCUUCAGACAAUGGAUGUCGAAACCCGAAACGAACCCCAUACGACCUGAUUUGAGAGACAUUACUUAUUGUACAGCUAUUCGUCAUGGUGGGCAAGAAGAAUGGGCAUUUUUAGAACAUCAGCUGAUAUUUAAUGAAACUGUGAAUGAGAAUGAGAAUGAAAACAAGAUGCUGGCAUUAACGUGUUCUCGCGAUAAAGAAAUUAUGAAAAGCGCUUCAUCUGAUGAUCUCAAUGACAUUUGCAAGUAUCACCAAACCGCACACUUUGGGCGUAAUAAUGAGUGUGUACUAACUGUAAUCCUUAAAAUACUAUCCAAACGUCAUUACACACUGAAUAACAUACCGGAUCAAGAAGAAGUACUUGCUAUGCAAAAUUCUGGACAAAAACUACUUGAAAAUCAUGUUCUGAAACGUGGAUUAAAUGAUUUGUUUAAAAGGUCAAAGGAAAACAUGAAAUGGACAAAAACUCAUCGUGAUGUUAUCAAUACGUUAACUACUAGUGCAACUGAAAAUAUCGGCGAUGACAAUAAUGUGUCGAUUCAUUCAUCAGAGGAUUUUAGAUUACCACGCACAUUGUUUCCACAUCUCUACGAUUUGUCAAUUCAAGUCCAUUUGCAUGAUAACAAGUCACAAGCAUUUUUCUUCAAUGGAUCUGUGACAAUAAAAGUUUUCUGUAAUGUGUCGACAACCGAGUUCUUUGUACAUGCAGCCGAUAAUCUGAAUGUGAGCUUGGAUCAAAUCCAUAUGUCUCCUCUUCAUGAAAAAAAUCAAACAAGUUCUUAUAUUCAAAUAGACGAAGUUCAUUAUAUUGAAGAUGCUGAGUGUUAUCGAAUUAAACUCAAAACGCCUUUGCAACAAUAUACUUAUUACAACCUGACAUUUGGACAGUUUCGUUCUGAUAUGGACUAUGAUUCUGAUGGACUGUAUAUUAUCAAAUAUUUGGAAAAUGGGAUUUACAAAUACUUGGCAAGUACUUACAUGGAGUCAAUUUAUGCAAGGAAUGUAUUUCCAUGUUGGGAUGAGCCGGAAUUUAAAGCAAAUUUCAAGGUCAAUAUUGUACGCGACAAAAAUUUUCAUUCGCUUUCAAACAUGAAUUUGGAAAGUACGGAAGUGUUGUACGAUAAUUGGCGUGUCGACAGGUAUAACACCAGUGUGAAAAUGUCCACAUAUCUGUUGGCGUUUGUGGUUUCACAGUUUUCGAAUAUUCAGAGGACAGACAAUAGUGGACGAAACUUCACUGUUUGGGCAAGACCGGAUAAAAUUCGAUCAGCUGAAUAUGCACUUGAUAUUGGCAUAAAAUUAUUGGGAUACUUUGAAGAUUAUUUUGGCAUUCCCUAUUCACUUCCUAAAAUGGAUAUGAUUGCGAUUCCUAACUCUUCAAUAACGGCAAUGGAAAACUGGGGUUUGAUCACUUAUGAUGAAAAUAAAAUGAUAUGGGACGCAGAAAACGGUUCAGUAAAUACCCUAAUUGAUGUGACGUUUUCUGUCUCACAUAAACUUGCUCAUCAGUGGGUAGGAAACUUGGUGACAAUGAAAUGGUGGGAUAACUUGUGGUUGAACGAAGGCUUCGCAACAUUUUUCGAAUACAUCGGAGUACAGUUACUACAUCCUGAGUGGAAAGUAGAUGAACUAUUCAUACUGAAUGAAUUGAUGCCUGCACUUGAUAUUGAUACUUCGAUGAAAUCAAGACCAGUCAUUUAUCCAGCUAAUACUACAAUACAAAUCAUAAGCAUGUUUGAUUCAAUCACCUAUGAUAAGGGCGCCUCCUUGGUUUGGAUGAUGGAGAAAUUCAUGGGCCGUAGUGCGUUUCAAAACGGUUUAAAAAGAUAUUUAAUUCAAAACCAAUAUAAGAACACAGAUGAAAAGGAUUUAUGGAAGAUAUUAUCUGAAGAAUGGAAUACUCAAGGAAAUCAUUUGGACAUUGGAUUUAUUAUGGAUUCAUGGACUAAACAAGGGAAUUAUCCACUAGUGAUUGUAAAGAGAAAUGGGUCGAAUGUGUUCAGUUUUGAGCAGAUACGUUACUUUCAACACUAUGGUAACAAGUCAUCUCAAACAAAUCGUGAAUACUCCUGGAGAAUACCGAUCACUUAUGGGUCGGCACAAACGGUGAACUGGACAAAUGUCGAUAUUGUGUGGAUGGUGAACAAAAAAAUGAAUCAAACAAUGAACAUAAGCUCAGACGACUGGUACUUGGUGAAUGUAAACCAAGGCGGAUUUUAUCGGGUUCACUACGCUGACAAUAACUGGAUCUUAUUAAUCAAUCAAUUGCAAAGGAAUUUCACGGCUAUUCCAGUCUUUUCACGCGCACAAAUAUUGAAUGAUUUAUUCAGUCUUGCAAAUCAUCAUAUCGUGCCAUAUACUCUUUUCCUGAACGCGACAAGAUAUUUAAACCGUGAAGAUGAGUUUCUCGUAUGGAUAACAGUCAGUCGAUCGCUGCUUUACAUUAAUAACGUGCUUGCUCUGAAUGAGAAUUAUGACGAUUUCCAAGCAUACUUACGAACUCUUAUCGAUAACCGAAUCCGAUCAGCGAAUUGGUCAUUUGUUGGUAAAGGUCAAGAUCUUCCAAAGAUACGCUUUGACUAUACCGUGACCAAACUCGCCUGUAUAGCUGAACAUCAUCUUUGUGUGAACAAAACUUCGGAUCUCUUCAGACGAUGGAUGUCGAAGCCCGAAACGAACCCCAUACGACCUGAUUUGAGAUUCAUUACUUAUUGUACAGCAAUUCGUCAUGGUGGUCAUGUAGAAUGGAAAUUUUUAGAAAGUCAGCUGACGUUGAACGAUUUUGUAAAUGAAGAAGAGACUGAAAACAAGAUGUUGGCAUUAACGUGUUCUCGUGAUAAAGAAAUUUUGAAAGAGUACUUAGAGCGGGUAAGAGAGAACGAGAACUUCUGGUUCACGCUUGAUUAUUUCGCGAAGUCUCCAGUUGGUAACCAACUUUUAUGGGACCACCUGAGUGAUGUACCUAAUUUUGAUAAACAUGAAGACUUCACGGAAUCCAUACUAAACGCACUCACUAAAUAUCCUUACUCAUUGUUUAGUGGAAGGAAUUAUGAAAAGAUCCUCCUAACAGAAGCUAAUAAUCAAAUAGACCCAGAACAUCGAGAAAAGCUGAAAUAUUUAUUUGAGAUAUCCAGUGGAAAACGAACAUGGACUGAAGUAUAUUCUGCCAUUAUUCAGUGGUUGAAAGAAAAUGUCCCAAUUGUUACCCAAUCAUUAUAG